CCAGCUCAGUGGCGUCCGGAACCCUAAAGCACCUGUGAAUUCGCGGAAGUUCUGCCAGACUCGAGCCCGGCCCAGCUCGGCCGGACCCUACUCGACCCCCGCCCGGCCCGCCAUGGGCCCUCUGUGCCGCAGCCUCUCUGCGCUCCUGCUGCUGCUGCUGCUGCAGGUCUCAUCGUGGCUCUGCCAGGAGCCGGAGCCCUGCAAUCCCGGCUUUGGCGCCGAGAGCUACACGUUCACCGUGCCCCGGCUGCACUUGGAGAGAGGCCGAGUCCUGGGCAGAGUGAGUUUUGAAGGAUGCACCGGUCUACCAAAGACAGCCUAUGUUUCUGAUGACACCCGAUUCAAAGUGGGCACAGAUGGCGUGGUUACAGUCAAACGGCCUUUACACCUUCGUCAUCCAGAGAUGAGUUUUCUUGUCCAUGCCUGGGACUCCACCCACAGGAAGCUCUCCACCAAAGUGACCCUGAAGGCAGUAGUGCACCACCAUCACCACCACCAUCAUCAUGACUCUCCCUCUGGAACCCAGACAGAAGUGCUCACAUUUCCCAGCUCCCACCAUGGUCUCAGGAGACAGAAGAGAGACUGGGUUAUUCCUCCUAUCAGCUGCCCAGAAAAUGAGAAAGGCCCAUUUCCUAAGGCUCUGGUUCAGAUCAAAUCUAACAGGGAAAAAGAAACCAAAGUUUUCUACAGCAUCACUGGCCAAGGAGCCGACACACCCCCUCUUCAUGUGUUUAUUAUUGAAAGAGAAACAGGAUGGCUAAAGGUGACGGAGCCUCUGGAUAGAGAAGAUAUUGCCAAGUACAUUCUCUUCUCUCAUGCUGUGUCUUCAGACGGGCAAGCAAUCGAGGAGCCGAUGGAGAUUGUGAUCACCGUGACCGAUCAGAAUGACAACAAGCCUGAGUUCACCCAGGAGGUCUUCAAAGGGUCUGUCAUGGAGGGCGCUCUUCCAGGGACCUCUGUGAUGGAGGUCUCGGCCACAGACGCAGACGAUGAUGUGAACACCUACAACGCUGCCAUUGCUUACACCAUCCUCAGCCAAGAGCCUACGCUGCCGCACAACAAAAUGUUCACCAUCAACAAGGACACGGGUGUCAUCAGUGUGCUCACCACCGGGCUGGACCGGGAGAGUUUUCCCAUGUAUACCCUGGUGGUUCAAGCUGCAGACCUGCAAGGUGAAGGCUUAAGCACGACCGCAACAGCUGUGAUCACAGUCAAUGACACCAAUGAUAACCCUCCCAUCUUCAACCCAACUAUGUACGUGGGGUCGGUGCCUGAGAACGAGGCUAACGUGGUCAUCACCACACUCACAGUGACCGAUGCCGAUGUCCCCAAUACCCCAGCGUGGGAGGCCGUUUACACAAUAUUAAACGAUAACGAGAAGCAGUUUGUUGUCAUCACAGACCCAGAAACCAAUGAAGGCGUUUUGAAGACGGCUAAGGGCUUGGAUUUUGAGGCCAAGCAGCAGUACAUCCUGUAUGUGGCAGUGACUAAUGUGGCCCCCUUUGAGGUCACUCUCUCCACUUCCACAGCCACCGUCACCGUGGACGUGAUGGAUGUGAAUGAAGCCCCCAUCUUCAUGCCUCCUCAGAAGAAAGUGACAGUGCCCGAGGACUUCGGCUUGGGCCUGGAGAUCACAUCCUACACCGCCCAGGAGCCAGACAGAUUUAUGGAACAGAAGAUCACGUAUCGGAUUUGGAGGGAUGCUGCCAACUGGCUGGAGAUUAAUCCGGACACGGGUGCCAUUUCCACUCGGGCUGAGUUGGACAGAGAGAACGUCGACCAUGUGAAGAACAGCACGUACACGGCCCUCAUUAUAGCCACUGACGAUGGUUCUCCACCUGCUACUGGAACAGGAACGCUGCUUCUAUUCCUCGAUGAUGUGAAUGACAAUGGCCCCGUACCAGACCCUCGGAGCAUGGACUUCUGCCAGAGGGAUCCACAGCCUCUCAUCAUCAACAUCAUUGAUCCUGAUCUUCCCCCCAACACUUCUCCCUUCACAGCAGAACUAACACAUGGGGCAAGUGUCAACUGGACCAUUGAGUACAAUGACCAAGAACAUGAAUCUCUGCUUUUUAAGCCAAAGAAAACCCUAGAGGUGGGUGACUACAAAAUCAAUCUCAAGCUCAUAGACAACCAGAACAAAGACCAAGUGACCACCUUAGAUGUGCACGUGUGUGACUGUGAAGGAGUUGUCAGCAACUGUUGGAAGGUCGGGCCUCAAGCUGGAGCAGGAUUGCAAGUUCCCGCCAUUCUGGGGAUUCUUGGAGGCAUUCUUGCUUUUCUGAUCCUGAUUCUGCUGCUUCUGCUACUUAUUCGGAGGAGAAGGGUAGUCAAAGAGCCCUUACUGCCCCCAGAAGACGACACCCGGGACAACAUUUAUUACUAUGAUGAAGAAGGAGGUGGAGAAGAAGACCAGGAGUAUGACCUGAGCCAGCUACACAGGGGCCUGGAUGCUCGGCCCGAAGUGACUCGCAAUGAUGUGGCGCCAACCCUCCUGAGUGUGCCCCAGUAUCGACCCCGACCUGCCAAUCCUGAUGAAAUUGGAAACUUUAUUGAUGAAAACCUGAAGGCAGCUGAUAGUGACCCCACCGCCCCACCCUAUGACUCUCUGCUGGUGUUUGAUUAUGAAGGAAGCGGCUCCGAAGCUGCUAGUCUGAGCUCCCUGAAUUCCUCGGAGUCAGACCAAGACCAGGAUUAUGACUACCUGAACGAGUGGGGCAGUCGCUUCAAGAAGCUGGCGGACAUGUAUGGAGGCGGCGAGGAUGACUAGGGGACUCAAGACCGAUGGGGAGACAGAUGGGUCCCUACACUCAUGUGAUGGGAAAUGGGGGAAUAGUAUUCCUGAUGGUUUUCCAGCUUCCUUCACUUGAGAUGCGUUUCUGGAGAAGAGACCCGUGGUCAGUGAUAGGACUGUUAUGAUUUCCACUUUAUAGAUCUAAUCUGUGUGUUAGAACGAUUUUGACUCAUUCCAUGAAUCUUUUUUUUCCCUUUCAUCACUCUUUACAUGAUGACGAUGUCCAAAAGACCCCCAAAUUUUAAUAUUUCAAAAGAGUAGCUUCAGCCUCAGAAGGUUCUGCUGGCAACUGGCAGAUUUCCGUAAGGGCUUUGCCUCAUUUUUCAAAGGAAGGUGAGGGGUCAAUUUCCCUAUUGUAGAUUUUAUAUAAAGAAAUUAAUUUGUGUGCUUUCAUUCCUCCUGUCACUGCACUGGUGUCCCAUGUUCUAAUAUCCAUUCUUACAGCCUCUGAAUUCUAUCACAUUUCUCUGAUGCAGAAAUUAUUGGGCUCUUUUAGGGAAAGAGCCUUAUGUCUUAGUCUGGCCAUAUGCUGAGUGGGUAUUGUGUACUCCUAAGAGCUUUUAACGGUUUUCCUUUUCCAUCUCCUGAGUACAUAACUUGAAAUGGGCAUCUAUCCAGUUUACUUGUCCUGAGUAAGAAUGUUAUGUGAAUGUCGUUAUGG